AUGAAGAACUCAGAAAGAUCAAACGUCAACAGCUCAUCUCUGUCGAGUGGAAACCAUACCUUGAAGCAGACAGAAGACGAAAACUUGACAGACUUUGUCAAUAACGAAGAUUCACCUAUAUAUCAGUUUGCGCAAGUGGAUUUACCAGAACAUUAUUGCGCUGAGGCGGACAAGAAAGGCGAUGCGAUGGAAUGGGCGUUCCUCGAGGAUCCUCCUAUGAGCACCAAAACAGCGACCAGCUUUGUUGAUUCGGGCUUCCACGACGAAAGCUGGUAUGUGUUAGACCAGGCUGCAGUUACAACACCACCGUCUCCUUCGUUUAUAUAUGCCGACAAACACAAACUCGACACGCCCGUUCGUCCAAUGAGAACAGAUGUUACUGUACCGGGCGACGACUUGCUCGACAACCUAUUUGCAUUGCCCUUUGACUGCUUGAGACAUAUAUAA